AUGACUUCGAUUCAAGACGAAAGGAUACUCCUUGAAAUUGAAGAAUCUCUACUACAGGUUUCUCCCUUUCUUACUCCAAUAAUUUUUGAAUUUGGAAUCGGCUUACUCAAAGUGAACGGGUUGUCUUCUUCAGCUGAAGAUGGUUCAGUAGACAUUAAUGGAAACCCACCAUUGAAGCAUAAAACAGGAAACUGGAAAGCUUGCCCAUUUAUUCUUGGCAACGAAUGCCGCUGCGAGAGAUUAGCUUACUAUGGAAUCGCCAAGAAUCUAAUCACUUACUACACAAGUGAACUACACGUGUCAAAUGUCUCUGCAGCUAGUCAAGUCAUGAUUUGGCAAGGCACCUGCUUUAUCACACCUCUCAUUGGAGCUGUAAUAGCUGAUUCUUACUGGGGAAGAUACUGGACAAUUGCUUCUUUCUCUGCUAUUUAUUUCCUUGGAAUGGCUUCGUUAACACUCUCUGCUUCAGUUCCGGGUUUAAAGCCAGAGGAAUGUGUUAGCGUUCUUGCUCUUUGCCCACCAGCAACAACGCUUCAGUACUCUGUUUUCUUCUCCGGUCUUUACCUUAUCGCACUUGGCACAGGAGGAAUCAAACCGUGUGUGUCAUCUUUCGGCGCUGAUCAGUUCGAUGAUACUGACCCUAGUGAACGAGUGAGAAAAGCUUCGUUCUUUAACUGGUUCUACUUCUCCAUCAACAUCGGUUCGUUCGUCUCAUCGACUUUGCUGGUUUGGGUUCAAGAGAAUUCAGGGUGGGGUCUCGGUUUCUUGAUCCCCACCGUGUUCAUGGGACUCAGGACUCUCCAUCGCCAGCUUCUUCGUCGGAACUCCGCUUUAUCGGUUUCGGAAACCCGGAGGCAGCCCGGUUACUCGGGUUUGCCAAGUUCUUGUAGCAUCAUACCGAAAACGUUCAUUGAAUCAUCAAUCUCUGUGCAGGUGUCUCGACAAAGCUGGGUUAUCUCAGAGGAUGAAUCAAAGUCUGAUGCUUUUGUCACUUCAUGGAAGCGAUGUACUGUAACUCAAGUUGAAGAAGUUAAGAUAUUGAUCCGUAUGUUCCCUAUAUGGGCCUCAGGGAUCGUCUUCUCGGCAUUGUACUCGCAGAUUUCAACUCUGUUCGUGCAGCAAGGACGGUCCAUGGAUCGUAUCAUCCACUCUUUCGAGAUCCCUCCCGCUUCACUCGGGGUUUUCGACACAGUUGCAUUGCUCAUAUCCGUCCCAGUCUAUGACCGUUGCCUCGUACCCUUUGUGAGAAGGUUCACAGGAAAACCAAAAGGUAUCACCGAUCUUCAGAGAAUGGGAAUCGGUCUUUUCCUCUCUGUUCUAAGCAUUGCAGCUGCAGCUACCGUUGAGACGGUGAGGUUGCAGUUUGCUAGAGACUCUGUUUCAAUGAGUAUCUUUUGGCAGAUACCUCAGUACAAGCUAAUGGGAAUUGCAGAGGUUUUCUUCUUCAUUGGUCAGCUCGGGUUUUUCUAUGAGCAAUCUCCAGAUGCCAUGAGAAGCUUGUGCAGCGCUCUAGCUCUCCUCAGUACUGCAGUUGGAAGCUACUUAAGCCAGGGGCGGACCCACAUAGAGAAGGGAGAUCAUCUGACCUACCAUAUUAUUAAAUUUAAAAAAUUUAAGCUUGAACAUUAA